UGGACGUGAGGCGCCCCUACCAGAGCGCCCGCGUACAGAAACGGAAACCACUAGCUGCGCUGAAGUGAGUCAAGUGAUGAAAUCAAGACUACACGGGAAGGAAGCUCACGAAACCUAACUGGUGACAGAAGCUGCUGAACCCUGCCCGAGGAAACCACAUGAGCCAGCAGUUGCUGCCCUCCCGAAGUGGUCCUCGGAGGCAGCGCACCCCUUCAUUUUGGCUAACCGAGGAGGAAGGGAGGAAGCGUGUGGGGGAAAUCUAGAACUUCUGGUUCCCCAAGGACCCAGCAGACUGCUCUGGCUACAAGGUGAUCACUGCCACCAGGUCAGUGCAGGAUUCCUCCAAUGUAGACGGACCGGGAGCCACAACUUGCGCGGAGCAGCAGCCUCGCCGAUCGCGCAGAGAGAAGCCGCGCAACAGCCAGGCUUGGCCCGGACGGCGCCCCCACCCCGCGCGCGCGGUCAACGGUUCUCACCUGGAGCGCUCAGGUAGUGCUGAAGCGGGGCGGGAGGCUGGCGCGCAGGCGCGGGAGCGGGGCCUCGCCCCUGCCGACGUCGCAGACUGGAGCUCACCUGGGAGACUCCAAGAGGAAGCCGAGCCUCGGUUCUGCCUCUCCAGGCAACGCGGGAGGCCCAGCGGGAAGGCAGGAGGCGGCGGCGGAGGAGGAGCCCUACUUAGCCGCAACUGUAGCGACAGCAACCGGAGUCGCAGCGGCAGCCACCUGCACCUGGAGUCCAGCCCACGUCCAGCGCCCGCCCGGCAGCCGCUUCCCGCCGUCCUGCCCUGUCCGCCCGCCAGGUACUACCAUUUAAAGAUACCUUCUCAGCAAAUCUAUGAUAAAAAAUAUAAGUAACAGAAGAAAUAACUGUUAUCUGUCAAGCAACAAGCUUUUAAUGUCAGAAUGGCUCACCUAAAGCGACUAGUAAAAUUACACAUUAAAAGACAUUACCAUAAAAAGUUCUGGAAGCUUGGUGCAGUAGUUUUUUUCUUUAUUAUAGUUUUGGUUUUAAUGCAAAGAGAAGUAAGUGUUCAAUAUUCCAAAGAGGAAUCAAGGAUGGAAAGAAACAUAAAAAACAAAAACAAGAUGUUAGAUUUAAUGCUAGAAGCUGUAAACAAUAUUAAGGAUGCAAUGCCAAAAAUGCAAAUAGGAGCACCUGUCAGGCAAAACAUUGAUGUUGGUGAGAGACCUUGUUUGCAAGGAUAUUAUACAGCAGCAGAAUUGAAGCCUGUUCUUGACCGUCCACCUCAGGAUUCAAAUGCACCUGGUGCUUCUGGUAAAGCAUUCAAGACAACCAAUUUAAGUGUUGAAGAGCAAAAGGAAAAGGAACGUGGGGAAGCUAAACACUGUUUUAAUGCUUUCGCAAGUGACAGGAUUUCUUUGCACCGAGAUCUUGGACCAGACACUCGACCUCCUGAAUGUAUUGAACAAAAAUUUAAGCGCUGCCCUCCCCUGCCCACCACCAGCGUCAUAAUAGUUUUUCAUAAUGAAGCGUGGUCCACGUUGCUUAGAACUGUCCACAGUGUGCUCUAUUCUUCACCUGCAAUACUGCUGAAGGAAAUCAUUUUGGUGGAUGAUGCUAGUGUAGAUGAGUACUUACAUGAUAAACUAGAUGAAUAUGUAAAACAAUUUUCUAUAGUAAAAAUAGUCAGACAAAGAGAAAGAAAAGGUCUGAUCACUGCUCGGUUGCUAGGAGCAACAGUCGCAACAGCUGAAACGCUCACAUUUUUAGAUGCUCACUGUGAGUGUUUCUAUGGUUGGUUAGAACCUCUGUUGGCCAGAAUAGCUGAGAACUACACAGCUGUCGUGAGUCCAGAUAUUGCAUCCAUAGAUCUGAACACGUUUGAAUUCAGCAAACCUUCUCCUUAUGGAAGUAACCAUAACCGUGGAAAUUUUGACUGGAGUCUUUCGUUUGGCUGGGAGUCACUUCCUGAUCAUGAGAAGCAAAGAAGGAAAGAUGAAACCUACCCAAUUAAAACACCCACUUUUGCAGGAGGACUUUUUUCCAUAUCAAAAGAAUAUUUUGAGUAUCUUGGAAGUUACGAUGAAGAAAUGGAAAUCUGGGGAGGUGAAAAUAUAGAAAUGUCUUUCAGAGUAUGGCAAUGUGGUGGGCAGUUGGAGAUUAUGCCUUGCUCUGUUGUUGGACAUGUUUUUCGCAGCAAAAGCCCUCAUAGCUUUCCAAAAGGCACUCAGGUGAUUGCUAGAAACCAAGUUCGCCUUGCAGAAGUCUGGAUGGAUGAAUACAAGGAAAUAUUUUAUAGGAGAAAUACAGAUGCAGCAAAAAUUGUUAAACAAAAAGCAUUUGGUGAUCUUUCAAAAAGAUUUGAAAUAAAACACCGCCUUCAGUGUAAAAAUUUUACAUGGUAUCUGAACAAUAUUUAUCCAGAGGUGUAUGUGCCAGACCUUAAUCCUGUUAUAUCUGGAUAUAUUAAAAGCGUUGGUCAGCCUCUAUGUCUGGAUGUUGGAGAAAACAAUCAAGGAGGCAAACCAUUAAUUAUGUAUACAUGUCAUGGACUUGGGGGAAACCAGUACUUUGAAUACUCUGCUCAACAUGAAAUCCGGCACAACAUCCAGAAGGAAUUAUGUCUUCAUGCUGCCCAAGGUCUCGUUCAGCUGAAGGCAUGUACCUACAAAGGUCACAAGACAGUUGUCACUGGAGAGCAGAUAUGGGAGAUCCAGAAGGAUCAACUUCUAUACAAUCCAUUCUUAAAAAUGUGCCUUUCAGCAAAUGGAGAGCAUCCAAGUUUAGUGUCAUGCAACCCAUCAGAUCCACUCCAAAAAUGGAUAUUUAGCCAAAAUGAUUAAGUGUUCCUUAAAAUUAAGUUGAAAAAGGAGACAUUCUUUCUCAUAAAACUGUGACUAGGCAUACACUGUAGGUUUUGAAAAUUAUGCAAAAGCAGCUAAAUGUAACUUAUUCCAAGUGCAUUUUUCUUAUUUAUAUCUUAAAAUAUCUAUGUAGCACUACUACAGAAAUUCUGCAAGUUUCUGUUUCAAAGCACAGUAACUAGUAAUACCAAAGACUAUUUCAAAAUGUCCAGAUGUAGGGGAAGAGAUGUUUACAGUAUGAUGAAAAUAAUUUUCGAAGUAAAGUGAUGUUUGUGUGUUUUGUACACUUAGGGAUAUAUAUAGCUACAUUCACACACUCACAAUUUAAAAUAUUUCCCCUAGUUUUUUGGGGGAUAGGAAGAAAGAUUUGUUACUGUAUUUUUUUAACUAUAUAGAAAUAGAUCAAUGAAGGUCAGCAUUGGCCUCUGUGUACAAACCAAGAGCUUUUACAGAUCCAGAAUUUAUUAUUUUAAAAUGCAGGUGAAUUUUUUUUGCCUUUGGUUUACUUGUCUGUUAAAUGUUUCUUUAAACAUGAAACUGAAUAAGGAGAGGAGUAUUUUUAACACUUAAAUUUCUUGGCAAUUUUAAAAACAUUUUUUAGUCUGCAACCCACUCCACUUGAAGCACUUAAGUCUUCCUUAAAUGACUUUUCUUAAGUAACGAUACUGUGUGUUUUCCCAAAGCACUUUUAAAAACACUUUUGUAAAUUACUAUCUGUUGAAAAGGUGCCCUUUUCCUUUCUGCUAGCGUUUUUUUUUCUUACCAAAAUUCACUAAUCUUGAAUGUUUGUGAUAUUAAAUUUCAAAUGCAGAAUACUUGACUCAUUUAAAGCUAAAUUUUGUUACUGAUUUAAUUAUAAUUGUAAUGGAUUUUUGACUUUGUAAUGGAUUCUUUUCAUCAAAAAGCCUUAUUUUUUAUCUAUAUGGAAAACACAAUAAAAAAUCCUCAACACUAUUGUAA